AUGGAAAGCAAAUUUGCUCAUAAACGCGUAAUAGAACCAAAAUAUAUGAGAAAAAAAGUUGUAUUUGUUGAUCCUGAUGAUCCCUCAGCUUCUUAUUGGUGGCCAGCUUUGGUAGUUCCAAACAAGGAGAUAGAAAUUUUUAAACAAAAAAUAGACAUUGCUUUGUUUGAGAUGCCAGUCUCGGGAUGGACUUUUGUUGCUGUUGCAGCUGUUUUUUUCUUUUCUCCUGAAGCUGCAGUUGUUAUUGGAGCUUUUGAAGCUGAUUACUGUAUCACAAAAAAAAAUUCAAUGAUUGAAGAAAAUAUUUUAAAACUUGAUACGCUACCACCAGAAAUUAUUAUUGCAAUAUGUCGAAAAUUAUCACUAUUGGAUAAAUGUAGUGUAAGUAAAGUUUGUAAAUGUUUUCAAAGGAUAAUUUACAAUAACUUAGAAUUUUGGAGAUUUCUCGAUUUAUCACCAUUUAGUGAGAAUCUCACAAACCAACAUUUGUUUAAUAUAUUAAGAACAAGAUGGAAGUCAAAUAUAAAAGGUCAACGUUUAGAUUUAAGUGGGUGUCAAUUAAUUAAUUCUUAUGCACUUGAGAAAUUAGCAGCAAUGUAUUCGGAUUUUCAAGGAAUCCAUUUAAAUAAUGAACCACCUGGUAGACCAGGAUUAUAUCAAAAAUGGCGAGUUUCACAUUCAUCACUAUCAUCAAAAACACAACCAUGGAUCAUCGGUGAUAAAUCAAUUCAAUUAAUUAUACAAAAAUCUUAUAAAACCUUAAGUCAUCUAUCACUUGGAAAUCAAAAACUUCGUCAUGAAACUGCUACUGCAAUUGCAUCUUGUUCGCAAUUACUUUAUUUAGAUUUAUGUGGUACAGAUUUAAAUGAUGCCUCUUUACAAGACAUUUUGACAAAAACUAAUAAACUUGAAUCUUUAAAAUUGUUAGAUAUAGAGUUGACACCGAUGACUUUAAUGAUAAUAAGACUUUUGAAAAAUUUACGGUUAUUGCAUAUAAGUGGACUUAAUAAAAAAAAUUUAAAUUCAAGAUCAAUAUCUGACACGUUAAAGAAUUUAUCGAAUUUGCAAAAUUUUAGAAUGAAUCAAACAAUGAUUGGUGAAGUUGACCGAGUGAUUAUAGAAGGGCUUUCGUGGGUAUUUUGUGACGGACCAGUAGAAACAUUUAAUGUCAUGUUAGAGAAUAAUCGUAAUAACAAUAAUGGCACAUCGGUAAAACAAAACAGAACUUCACUACGUUAUCUUGAUCUUUCACCUAAACUUGAUAUUUAUCCAAGAAGUCAAGAAAGUCAUGUUCAAAUAGAACAUUAUAUAACAAUUAGCAAUUCAUCAUUAUGGUCAUUAUCUGUUAACCAUCCUUUUUUGGUUUCUUUAAGGAUAUUUAAUGCUUAUGCUAUAAGUGCAGAAGGAAUUGAUGUAUUGUUAUCAAAUCUUCAUUAUUUGGAAUAUUUGGAAUUGAGAAGAUGGCGUGGUAUGGAUUUAGAUCCAAUCAAUAGAUUGACACCAUCUUAUUGUCCAAAAUUAAAAGAGAUUGUAUUACACGGCAUUGAAAUAUCGGAUUUUGACGAAUGGAUAAAAGUUGUUGAAAUUGAUCAAAAAAAUGAUGACGACUCCAUUACUAAAAUAAAUUAUGUUGGAUUUCGAAAUUUGGAGGUAUUGGAUUUGACUGAUAUUUCUGGUUAUUGUGAUAAACAUUUUGAUUUUAUGGUGGUACAAUGUUCAAAACUUCAUAAAGUAAGACUAUUAAAAACUGGUGUUAAAGAUCUUGAUGAAAUAUUAUUAAACAAAAUCCCACUUGAAUAUAUUGCGGAUCCUGCAAGACACGAAGAAGCAGAAAUGGCAGAAAACGAUAGAAAUGGUAAAAGUGAUAAUUUAUUAAGUCAUGAACUUCAUCCUGUUGCAGGACAAAAUCCUGGUGAAUUGUUACCACUAAGACAAGAACACUCCAUACCUCAAACUACAAAACCCAUUUACAAUGACACAAACCAAACAGAAGAUUAUUACUAUAAGCGAUAG